AUGGUUGGUGGGGGCCAGCAGAAGUGGGGCAACACGUAUGGCCUCAGUCCACAGUUCCUCGAGUCACUUUGGAUAAACCCCCCUCUCGUGGCGAGAGUCUUUGUUGCCAACCUGGACUACAAGGUGGACAGCCAGAAGCUGACCGAGGUGUUCAAGCUGGCCGGCAAGGUGCAGAGUGCCGAGGAGGGCAAGAGCCGGGGGUUCGGGAUCGUGGAGUCCGAUCACCCGUUGGAGGCCGUCCAGGCCAUCUCCAUGCUCAACAACCAGAUGCUGUACGACUGCCGCCUGGCCGUGAGGAUGGACCGGGCCGACAACAAGCCGGACGGGCCCCCUAAGCUCCCCGAGGGACUCCGAGGGCUGGGCAUGGGCCUGGGCGGCGGGAACCCGCUCCGGGACGUCGCCCGAAACCUGCCAAACCUCACUCAAGGGCCGGGUGCUCGUCUGGCCGGUGGAUCAAUGGGACUAGGAGCAGGACUCACAAAUCUAGCUGGCCUGAGCAAUGCUGCGAGCCUGGGUCUGGCCUGGAUCAGUGGCCUGAACGCAGCGAGCCUGCUCCAGGCCAACCUGGCUGGUGCGGGCGACCUAGCCACGCUUGCCAACGCCAGCGCCCUGGCCGGGGGUCUGGGGGGUGGCGGGGGUGUGCUGGGCGUCACCAACUCUCCGUUCGGAGCCGGCGUGGGCGCCAACGCGUUUGGAGUCGGAGUUGCCGCCUUCCUGGGAGCGAGCGGCGGGGGCCAGGGUCCUGCGUCAAGCUCAGAGAGUGAUGUCGCUUCUGGCGCUCAUGUCGUCGAUUGGAGCGGCAUCGUUCCGUCCACCAGAAGUCAGAAGAUCACCUUGACUUCUACGACGGUGACGACUGUUUCCUGCUCCAAUACUCUCUUCUCUGCGGUUGUUCAGGAGCCGUCGGAUGCUGGCGCAGCUGAUACUGCUGUUCAUGGGGCCUAG